AUGUCGUCCAGCAACAUCGACCAUAUGUCCAUCCUCGCCCCCGAAGAGCACUUCGAGCCUCUUAUCGAGUGGUAUAAGAAGGCUCUUUCACCACUAGGCUACAAGGAAAUCAUGCGCUUCCCUGGUGCGGUCGGACUGGGCAGCGAGUUUCCUGAUUUCUGGAUCACCCAGAAGGAGACGCAGAUUCCGUCGGGGUUUCAUUUUGCCUUUUCUGCUCCGAACCGUGCUGCUGUCGAUGCUUUCCACAAGGCUGCGGUCGGCGCUGGGGGCACCAGCAAUGGCAAGCCUGGGUUGAGACCAGAGUAUCAUGAGAAUUACUAUGGGGCAUUUGUUUUGGAUCCAAUUGGAAAUAAUGUGGAGAUGGUUAUCCAUAGUCCCGAAGGCCAGAAGAAGUAUAAUGGUUCGUCCUUCUGCCCAGGUCAAUACCGGCUACGACGUAUUUAUAUCAUGUUGAGGCUUACGAAUGAUAUGACCCGGACACAGAAGUUCUAUCUCUCGUAG